AUGCUUCCCUUUGGCAGUCUCAUUCGGAGACACCGAUACAUCAUCGCGUGUCUCGUCGCCAUUCCGUUCCUCUUCUACUUCCGUCACACCAGCGGUCAACCUUCCGUGUCAACAAGCAAGUACCGUACAGGCGGGCUGGGCACCAACACAUGGGACGACAGCGACUGGGUCGACGACUCGCUGGUAGGCAACCGCUUUGCCGACCACACAGCUGGUGGCGGCGGCAAGUGGCUGCCAUGGACCAAGCCAGGACGCAGCAUCCUCGUCACUGGCGGCGCAGGUUCGCUGGGCCACGCCAUUAUCCCAAAGCUCUUGAACCAAGGGUACAUUGUCCACGUUGCCGACUUUGUCCCGCAGCCCGUGACGUUGCCAAAGGACGUGCUGUACCACCGCGUAGACAUUCGCACGUCGGCACUGGGCGAGAUUCUCGAACACACACAGUACGACGGUGUCCUCCAUUUUGCUGGCGUCAGCCUCGAGGGCUGGUGCCUCUCCAAGCCGGAAGAGUGCACAAAGGUCAAUGUCGGCGGCACCAAGAACCUCAUGGAGGCCAUCGAGGUGCAGUCCCGUAAGGCGGCAGGCUCCAGCGGCGCAUGGACAAGGGGCGUCACUGUCCCAUGGAUUGUGUACGCAUCGAGCACCGAGGUCUACGGCAACCCCGAUAAGGGUACCAUCGAGGAGAGCAGCGCGACCAACCCCGAGUCGAGCAUUGGCAAGACUAGCCUCGCCGCCGAGGAGCUGGUGCGUGACGCGUUUGACCGUUCUCGCCGCGGCAAGCUUGCCGGCGAGCACAAGCAGCGCGACGACGACGAGGACGCCGACGCCGACGACGACAGCGAGGGUGGCUCGACUGUUCUCCGCGGUGCCGUGAUCCGUCUCUCGCAGGUGUACGGCUUUGCGCGUGAGUCUGCCAUUCCAUCGGCAUUCAUCCCGCACCUUCUUCAGCGCUCCGUGUCGUCCCUCCCGAUCCAGUACUCGUCCGACGAGCCUGCUAGCGACUUUUUGCAUGUCAACGACGCUAUUGACGGUAUCCUCCGCGUGAUCGACUUUGUGGGCCGUUCGGAAGGCGGCGAAGCUCUGGAAACGUUCAACCUCGUCAAGGGCGGCAAGCGCUGGAUGCAGCAAGAGGUCGUCGACCUCAUGCGUGCCGAGACCAAGACCAUGUCGCCCCUCCGUGACAUUGGCGACAAGAAGGCCACGGUCAGCUCUGCGCGGUAUUCAUCCAAGCGUGCCACCGACGUUCUUGCCUGGACUCCAGCGGUCGACCUCCCGCUCGGCCUCGCACUGGCCACGACCGCCCUUGCCGAGGACUCGGUCGAGUACGCCAACAACUUUCUCAGCCGUCACUGCCCGCAGUACGGCGCGGACGUUGGCGCUAUGCAGACUCCCGCGGUGCCCGAGGACCAGCGUAACCGCGACUUGUGGAAGCUGCACAACUGCACCGUCAACCUCGGCUUCAACCACGACGGCUGGCUGCACCACGUCAAGUGCCAGGACGGCAAGAACUGCGGCGCCGACAACAAAAAGGUCGUGUCGUACAACUGGAACGCUACCGUUUGGAACAUUCACGUCGUCCCGGAAUCCCACAGCAGCAACGGCCGUGCGCAGGUCAAGUUUGCCCAGGAGAACGGUGCGGGCUGGCUUGGCAUCCGCAAGACGGACAUUGCUGGCGGUGGCGAGGUCGAAUGGGCUCUCUUCAGGGACAAUGACCCCGAGCCGUUUGUCAACACGUUCGAGGUCGAGGUCGCGCCCGACUCGUCGGCUCUCCGCAUCAUGCUCCCCGGCACGCAGCCUCAGCCAAUCUACGCCCAUUCCAAGGGCGAAGAGACCAUCUUCAACCUCGAGACCAUCGAGGCGGCCGUUACCGAGCCGCACUAUGACAUGCGCAUCAACAUGCUCUGUUGCCAGAGCGAGGGUGACUGGCCGCUCCUGCUGGAUGACCACGAGUCUGCCGACCAGCGUUUCGGCAACGCGGGCGACAUUGCCUUCAACGCGUCCCGCCGCUUGCACCUUUGUGAGCGUGCUCACGCUGCCCAGCAGCUGUACACUACCAUGAUCGAGACGUCGCGCAAGCUCGUCGACGAGGUCAGCGCGCAGACUGGCGACGCAAAGUCCAAGUCUGCUCCGCCGUACACUGUCAGCAGGCACCCUCACAACUGGCCGCUCAAGCCUCUCGAGCCCUGCUGGAACGACUGUAACAGCCCCACCACGUGUGUGCAGACCGGAAACUGCCGCUGCGUCCAGGCCGACAACUGCCCCCGUCGUCGCGAGAACCCCCUCAUUGUGCUGGCACGCGGGAUGCGCCCCACCGACCAGAAGAAGGUCUCGCCUCUGGGAGACCUGGGAAGCUUCGACCCCGUCCUGCGCAAGAUGGUGGAGAAGGUGGACUGGCGCGACAUCCUCCUCCCCGAGGCACGUGCAUACUAUGCCGCUCACCCGGAACUCAUCAAAGUCCACGUUGUGUCUGGUUACGAGGGCGAGAAGGAGGUUGAGGCUUCACCGUGCCACAAGCUCCAGAAGACCCACUGCUUCAGCGCCGACAGCAUCAUGUACCGCGCCAUGCGCCACGUCUCGGUCCCUGCCACCGAGGCGACCCUCGUCGUCCUUCCCGUCUACCAGCACUGCGUGGACAAUGAGCAGAACAGCGCCGACUUCCUCCUCCACAAGGUGUGGAGCCACGCGACCAACACCAUCAAGAACUUUUACGACGACAAGGUGCCCCUCGUCAUGAUGACCCACGACUGGGGAAUCUGCCUGUCGUUUACCUGGGAGAUCUGGUCAUCCCGCGAGAUGCGCGAGGGUAAGCCCACCCUGUACCCGGACCACCUGCUCGACAACACCAUCGUCUUCUCCGUCAUGGGUGACUGGGACACGAGGUGUUACCGCCCUGCGCAGGACAUUGUCGUGCCCGCACGCACCUGUCUGAGCGAGCAGCUCAAGGACCGCUUCUCGGACAUUCACAACGUGGCCCCGGCCCACGAGCGCCCUCAGCUCAUUACGUGGUCGGGAACGUUCUGGGGUACGGGCAAGACGGAGCGUCUCCGCCUCGCAUGCCACCGUGGCGGUGUGGCCGACGAGGAGCUGGUCAGCGGCGGUGGGCCCCAGAGCAGCUUCUACAACUGGGAGUAUCUCAAGGAACUGAAUGCCGCCAGGUUCUGUCCUCAGCCCAAGGGUAUUGCUGGCUGGUCGCCCCGUGUCAACGACGCAAUCUACGCCGGCUGCAUCCCCGUCCUCAUCUCCGAGGGCUCGCACUACCCCUUCGUCUCGUCGCUCGACUGGUCGCAGUUCUCGGUGCGCAUCCACCCGACGGAGCUGGACCAGAUCGAGCACAUUCUCGGCGCCAUCCCGCUCGACCGCGUCGAGCAGCUGCAGGCCAACCUGAUGGCUGUGCGCGACGCCUUCAUCUACUCGUCCGACGAGCACCCCGAACAGGAGAUGGACCGCCGCGGACCCAUGUUCUUUGGUCUCCUCGAAGCCGGUAUGCGACUGCGCACAAGGUAUCCCGACAGGCUGGAUAAGGCCUAUGCCGCGGAACACCCGGACGAGGCCAAGGAGUAG